AUGGCUCGUAUCACGGACGAAGAGAAGAAUGUACCACAAGUUGUGGGAAUUGAGGUUGAUACUUCCAGCCAAGAGACUCCGAUAUGCGUACAGAAGACAGGCUUCCUAGCCAAACUGCGAAGCUAUGAAGAAGCACUUGAUCGCAAGCUAGGGGUUGAAUCACAUAGCAUCGAACGCAAACUGCCCGGCGAUAGGAACCCCUUUUAUGCUCGAUGGUCGGGCCAGUUGGCUAUAGUGAGCUUCUGGGUAGGCGGUUGCAUGAACCUUGGCACCUUCGCGACCGGCUUCAUAGGAUGGGAGCUAGGUUUAGACCUCCGUCAAAGCAUCUUGGUCAUCAUAUUUGGCUCUGUUGCGGGUGGCGUGAUCACAAGUUGGUGUGCAACAAUGGGACCACCGACAGGUCUUCGUCAAGUCUCCAUCUGCCGAUAUUCCCUCGGUUGGUACCCAUCCAAAGUCAUCGCGAUAUUCAAUGUUAUCCAGGAGAUCGGGUGGUGCGCCUCCGGGUCAAUCACGGGAGGACAAGCACUUUCCGCAUUUUCAGAUGGCAAGGUUGGUUCCCAACUUGGCGUCGUCAUAGUCAGUAUAAUGAGCUUGAUAUUCUCAUUCUUUGGCUUGAAAGCGGUGUAUACAUUUGAGAAGUUUGCUUGGCUUGUAUUCCUGGCUAUCUUCUUAAUUAUCCUCGCGGAAAUCGGUAGAUUUGGGGACCUCAGCGCUCCACCGUCUACUCGUGGAGCUUCGAACUCCGGAGCGGCAUUGACCUUUUUCAGCGUCAUGUACGGCUCCAGUGCAUGUUGUGCGGGCUAUGUAUCAGACUUCUAUGUCGAAUAUCCGGCGACUAUCGCAAAGACUGCGAUCUUCUUGCUAACAUUUUGUGGUCUUUUCGUUUCUAGUUGUCUGAGUGCUACAGCUGGGGCCAUUGCUGCGUCUGCCCUACACAAUAAUCAGGAAUGGAACGAUCAAUACGAGGUUGGCGUCGGGUUCUUGAUUCAGACCAUGAUAUACCCAUACGGACUAGCAAAAGCGAUCCUUUUCCUGCUGAUGUUCGCGGCCGUCGGCUUGAAUUGCGGAUCAAUGUAUAGUGCAGGCCUUUCGAUUCAGCAGACCUCUCACAAUUUGGCUGCGGUGCCGAGGUUCGUUUGGGAAAUUAUCUGUUUUGCUGCAGUCAUUGCUUUGGGUCUGGCUGGUAGCGAUCGGCUUCUGGUAUUCAUACAGAACUUCCUCAGUUUAUUGGGUUACUAUGCUACCGCUGUCUUCGUCUGCUUGGUUACCGAGCACUAUUUAUUUCGCCGCGGCUCAUUCAAAAACUAUAAUUUGGAUAACUGGAAUAAUCGUAGUGGGCUACCUGUUGGAUACGCCGGGGGUCUUGCUUUCGUAUGCGGGAUAAUUGGAGCUGUUAUAGGUAUGUCUACGACUUGGUACACCGGCGUUGCUGCAAGACUGAUCGGUAACGCUGGCGGUGACAUCGGAAACGAGCUUUGUCUCGUUUUAACUCUCGCUGUAUAUAUCCCGGCUCGGUUCGCGGAAAGGAAAUUUGCGAACAAGUGA